GAGAAGAAGAGCUGGCGGCGGCGGCGGCUGCUGACGAAGGCGCCGGCUCCCUCAUGGCGAAAAAGGCCGAGGCGGAAGCGAGGAGCGCCUCGCUAGUGGAAGCCGUGCUGGCGUGCUCGGGCCGCCUGGAGAAGGAGGGUCUCAGCGGCCGCAUCUCCCGCCUAUCCUGCCGGGUGGAGGAGCUCAAGGAUGAAGUCUGCAGCAUGGUCAACAAGAGGUACAUAGAGUUUCUGCCCAGUAUGCAGAGUGCCAAAGAUUUGGAGUCCCAAGUUGAGGAACUUUCUGGCAGCAUCGACCAGCUGAAGUCCAGGAUUGAGAUUGAGGUUCAGCAUGACCUGAACGUGGCCAUUGAAGAAUUUUCUGAGCUAAAACAGCAACUGGAGAGAGACACGCUAGUUCUGAGUGGGCUGAAACAGCUGCAGGAGUUCGCAACUGCUCUCAAACAGUUCAAAGCCUUGCUGCCACAAAAGAAGUAUGUGUCAGCAGCAUGCCACCUGAACAAGGCUCGGAGGAUUCUGAAAAUGCUGGAGUCACGUCGAGGCUUUGAGCUGAAGAUUCUGAAGGCGCUCCGCACGGAGCUCACAAUGCAGACCGAAAACAUUAAAUACCUCUUGGGUCAGGAGUGGCAGCAAAUGGCUGUGUGGAAGGUUCCUCAAUCAAAAGAAGCGGACAGCCUGGAGUCAGCCAUGGAGACAGAGCUGCAUUUGUGCAAGGUGCUGUCCAAGGAGGGUGUGGUCCCUGGCCCAACAGUAGCGUCUGUGUUGCAGGCAUUUGCUAUCCUGGACAAGCUGCGUUUGAAGUUCAGGCAAUUCGGACAGUUGCUGCUGAAGUACAUCCUCAAGCCGCUCAUCUCCCACCCGUCAUUGCAGCCCUUGCCUGAGGAGCACCCUGAUGCUGUCACACUGAGGUUUAGGUCUGUGGGCUCCAAUCUUGGCCAUCCGUCCCCCGUGGAGGUGUUUGCUAGGAUCAAGCUGGUACUCGAGGUUCUUCACAAGUAUUUAGGUGUUCCACUUGAGCACUGUGCAGAGGAGGAGAACAGCUCCAGUCUUGUCUUGGCAGAGGUGUUGGGUGACACAAUCUGGAAGGACAUUUCGGACUGUCUCAUUCACGACUGCUUGGUGCAUUCGAUCCCAAACAACAGCAGCAAACUGGGGCAGUAUAUUGAGGUUAUUAAAGCUACUGAGGAAUUUGAAAAAGCCUUAAAGGACAUGCGGUUCCUAAAGGAGGAUGCCACCGACUUGCUGACCUAUGCCCGUAACGUCAACUGCCACUUUGCUAAUAAGAAAUGCCAGGAUGUGAUAGUGGCAGCCAGAAAUCUGAUGACAUCGGAAAUACACAACACCAUAAAGGUUACCCCAGACUCCUCUGUAAUUCUGCCCAAAAUGCCUGACCCCGGAGCAGGUGACCAGUUAAAGGUGCAAAAAGUAUCUGAGGCUCUUUACAAGCAGGCGACAGAUUUGGAGAAUGAGAAAAGGCUGAGCCGCCACACCUUUUCGUUUCCUGCCUGCCGCAUCAGUGAAUCUGUACAGAAGUUGAUGGUGUUGGCUUAUCUGACACUCCAGGAGGCCUCAGCCAGCACGGAUCAGUGGCGCAUCCAACUCUUCUACUCAGUGCGGAACAUCUUUCAUCUGUUCUGUGAUGUGGUGCCGAUGUAUCACAAAGAAAACCUUCAGAAACUUCCCCAGCUGGCUGCUAUACAUCACAACAACUGCAUGUACAUUGCACACCAUCUCCUGACCCUGGGCCACCAAUUCCGGGGCCGCCUAAUUGAUGGUAUAGCCACAUUUGUUGACCUGGUGCCUGGUUUCAGGAAACUUGGGACGGAGUGUUUCCUGGCCCAGAUGCAAGUGCAAAAGGAGGAACUCCUGGAGAGACUCUCAAGCGCCAGGGAUCUCUCCAGCGUGGAUGAUGACGACAACUAUUCAGCGGCAAACAAAGCUGUGCGGCAGGUCUUGCACCAGCUGAAGAGGCUUGGCAUGGUCUGGCAGGACGUUCUUCCAGUGAAUAUCUACUGCAAGGCCAUGGGGACUCUGCUUAACUCUGCUCUCGCUGAGAUCAUCAGCAGAAUUGCUGCCUUGGAGGAUAUCUCUGCUGAGAACGCAGACAGGUUGCACAUGCUUUGUCAGAUGAUGGUGGACGAGGGACCUCUGGUGUUCAUGCCCCUGCCAGAAGAAAAACAGAACAGACCCUUCCAGGAAGAGGUCCCCAUCUACGUGCCGAAAUGGAUGACGUUCAAGGAGCUCAUGUUGGUGCUGCAGGCCAGCCUGCAUGUAAUUGUGGACCGGUGGGCAGAUGGCAAAGGGCCUCUUGCAGCGGCAUUCUCCCCUAGCGAGGUGAAGAACCUAAUCAGAGCCUUGUUCCAGAACACAGAGCGCAGGGCAGCUGCCCUGGCAAGGAUCAAAUAGCUUCAGUGCCUCUGCUGUUUCUAAAAUGUUGUCUUCCUGGACACGCUGGAGUUGGCACAGCCAGUGUCCUCUCACCCCCCCCC